AACAUUCAUUUAAUAUGAAUAUACGAAAUAUUUACAAUUCAAUUGUAAAGUGAUUAUUGAUACUUCAAUCUACAAAAAAUUGUUGAAGAGCACAAACAUGACAGCAGGUUCAGUGGCAGCACCUCAAAUAAUCCCCAUCCGCAUUCCUCCUCCAGGUAAAGCCAAGCAUGAGAUAGACUCCAGCACACCUGUUGAGAUCAAGUCAGAAUCCCCUGAUGUGAGUGUCCUGUACACACUGGACGGCAGUAAGCCAGAGCUGAUGAAGAGGGCAGGUUUUGCUGACAGCACUCUGAAGUACACUGAACCUGUUCGAUUACCUGUGGGGAAAGUGUAUGUGAAAGCCAUGGCUGUCUCUAUCGAUGGCCGCCAGAGUGCUGUGGUCACCAAGGUUUUCGUAGUGGAGCUGUCUGCUUCAGAUGAACGAGAGCUGAAUGCACAUGAUGAGGAUGACUCUUUGAAGAACGACACAGCGAUCAAUAGCAAGGAUGUGGUUGAAAAUGGGACUGGUGUCUCCUCUGUUAAAUAUUUAGAUAUUCCCAGUAAUGAAGAUCACAGAGCUCUGAAAGGCCCUCGAUUCCUCUCGCAGCGCCUCGGUUCUGGAUCAGCUGCUCGUCUGACAGCUCAAAACUCACAAAACCAGAGUGCUGAUGUUGUAGAAAGCCCCUUAAAAAACCUGACCAACACUCAGAUAUCACGCAUCCAAAGAGAGACCGAUUUUCUGAGAUGUCCUAAGUGCCUUAGCCAUCGUCCUUCAGACCCUUUUGCCCGAUUCUGUCUGCAUUGUGGAGCGCCAGUCCCUCCAAUACCUGGUCAAAGACUGCCCCCUACUGAAGGAGGACAGAUGGGUCUAUGCAUGCAUUGUAAAACUAUGGUACCACUCAAUACAGCCAUUUGUGUGGUGUGUGAGUCUCCAUUAGUUCAACAACUGCAGCCGCAGGCUAGUCUGAGGCUACAGGAUAAGUUAAUCUGUCACUCGUGCGGGACAGGGAACCCUGCUCACAUCACACACUGUGUCACUUGUGAAUCCCAGCUGCUACAACAAGCCAGACCUGUUUUGAGUGGACAGAGAGCUGCACCUGUACCCAGUUCACAAAGAAAAAUGGUCUCCUGCUCAAAGUGCAAUAGAGUCAACCACUCAGAUGCCCGAUUCUGUGAUUGGUGUGGAGCGAAGCCCGGCCACAAAGCCAGCAGUGUUACUUGUUCUCAGUGUGGAGCCAGCAGUCACCCAUAUGCUAAUCACUGUGGGGGCUGCGGCGUCUAUCUGGACGGGCCACCUAGGACGCCCUCACAAGUAAACCAGGGACAGGAUGCAGAGGAAGUGCAACAGUCCUCCGCCAGCUGGCAGACGGCUUCUGCAACUGAAUCAGGAACUGCUCCUCCAGCUGUGGGUUUGCGCAUGUGCGCAGAUGCACAGACGCAGACGGUGGGUCUGUUUUUCCCAUCCAGCACUGAAAUAAAAAAGCGCAGCCAGCAGAGGGAGGUGGAGCUUAGCAGACAGGAGAAAAUGAGUGACAGGAAGCCUCUCCUCACCGCCAUUAGUCCUGGCAGAGGGUUCUGGAGGAAACAGUUGGACCACAUUUGCGCACAUCUGCGCAGUUACACUCAGAAUAAUACUGAGUUCAGAGCUCUGAUUGGAGAACCUCGGCUGGGCAGAAUGAUCUCUGCAGUUAUUCAGGAGGACAGUUAUGAGGUCAGUCUGCGAAUCAACUUCAUCUCAGCUCCGCCAGAGGAAUCGAGGUCAUCUUCCGCAGGACAGCAGAGCAGAGCUGUGGCUUCAGAGAGUCAGAAUCUCAGUGCUGUGACUGAAGGCAGAAACUCAGCCAGUCCAGAGAAUAACAAUAACACAACAGAAUCUCAAGUGAAAAGAAAGAAGACAAAGAUUGGGACAUCAUCAGACAUGACAGAAAAUCAGCCAGAGUCUAAAAGCAGUCUUCUGCUGAAAGAGGUCGGGCCUGAAGGACGGGGCCAAAUCCCAACAGUGCAACAGCUUUUGGAUGAAGGUGCUGAUCCAGCAUGUUUGGGAAGCGAUGGACGUCCCGCUCUGGUUGCUGCAGUGCUAAACGGGCAUCAUGAUGUUAUUCCAGUGCUGGUGCAGAGAGAAGCAGAUGUCAACCAGGCGUCUGGGCCGUUGAAAAAUACAGCUCUGCAUGAAGCCGCAGCUCUGGGAGAUGAGGGCCUGAAGAGUGUUGAGAUACUCUUAGGGUGUAACGCAAGUAUCAGAAAGCAGAAUGAUCGAGGCCAGACGCCGUAUGAUAUUGCCGUGUCCACGGGCAGCAGCUCUGUGCUCUCUCUGAUGGCAGCUCACCUUGGACAGAGUCUGUUACUGCGCCACACCAAAGCCAGGAGCCCGUCUGGACUGGACACAUUCUCAUGAGGCAAUCCACAUUUCAUCUUAUCAGUAUGACUGUGUUUAAUACUUGCAGAUUUCUUUAUCUUUCAAAAUUUUCACCUAACGGAAAUAAGUCAGGAUAUAGAUCUUACCAGCAAACUCGACAUAUUCAAGGGAAAUAAUUGCUGAUUAAA